GAAAGCUGGCGUGCACAAGCUAGCAAGCUACGGAGCUAAUGGACUUCUUGUAAAGUGUAUGAAAACGAGUAUGGAAGUUGGACAAAUAAGAUGCCAAAAACCAACCACUUUCAUGUGGUAUUGGACGGAAAGGAGGACUUUUGUUCUCCAUUUGAAAAUGUGGACGUUAUCCGCACUUCUGUCGGAUUCCAAUCGAUGCAAGUCAUCGAAUCAGCCAAUUUAAACUCUGCUCAGUCCUCUCACAGGGAUCACUCUCCUCAUUCAGCCAAGGUAGUCAUGGCUGAUUGCAAGGCUGGACCUCUGCUCCUUUUUGCUCUCACGGUGGUGAUGAACAUAUUUGCAUCCUGCCUAGGAGCCAACGUUAAAUUAGGUGUGCCUGAGAACUACGAUGGCAUCUUCCCUUGGUAUUUAGCCAAGCUCCACAGCCUGACAGGCAAUUACAGCGACUUAGUGGUGACGGGAGACGAUGAAGGUAUUUUUGGAGUGGACACCCAGUUCCUUUAUGCCCUGAAACCACUGGACCGGGAGAAGCAGCCAUCUUACUCUCUGCAGGUGUCUUUCAGAGCAUCAGGGCAACUCCAGAGCUUCACGGUCGAAGUGUGCGUCAUCGACAAGAACGACAACGUGCCCACUUUCAUUCAGGAAAGCAUGCGUGGCAGCGUGCAGCUUGGCCUUCUUAAAGGGAUACCCUUCAUGCAGGUGGAGGCGCUGGACCGCGACGACCGCAAGACUGCCCACGCCGAGCUACGAUUCCGCCUGAUGGAGCAGACCCCCAGGAUCCCCUCCCCUCAGAUGUUCUUCAUUGACUCCGUCACGGGAGAGGUUUCCCUCACCGAGGACGGAGCUUCCACACUGGACCCCGAGAUGUGCGGCAGAUACAAACUGUCAGUGAUGGUCAAGGACAUGGCGGGGAAGUCCAACGCCUUCUUCACCACCGGCAUCGUUACCGUGGAGGUGACCGGGAACACCUGGGCGUCGCCCGAUCCCGUCCGACUGCAGGAGAACCUCCCGGGACCCUACCCCAUCCCCAUCUCCCAGGUGAAGUGGAGUGGAAGUCGAGCGGAGUACAGCCUGGAGGGGGAGUUUCCAGAGAUGCUCUUCACCAUCAGCAGGGAAGGAGUCAUUUGUCUCAACGCCCCCCUGGACAGAGAAACACAGGACCAGUUCCUGAUCAGCAUCGUGGUGGAGCGUCCAGACGGCCGAGCCAUCGCCAAGCCGGUGGAGCUGAGGGUGAUGGUGGGCGACGCCAACGACAACAGACCCACCUUCCCACAGGCACAGUACCACACCGUGGUCAAGGAACUGGCAGCUCGAGGGACGGAAAUCUUGACGGUUCAGGCGGCCGACAACGACGACCCUAAGACCGACAACGUACGGAUCUUUUAUCGCUUGGUGGGACAAAUCCCGGAGAGUCCUCGCGCUCUGUUCAGGGUGGACCGGGACUCCGGGGUCAUCUCGGUCCAAGCAGACAGCAUGGAGGGAACAGCACCCCAGUACACACUCACCAUCACCGCUGAAGACGCUAAAGGUCUGAACAGUUCCUGCACGGUGGUGGUGACGGUGCAAGACGAGAACAACAACCCGCCGCUCUUCUCCCAGCAUGAGUACGGACCCUACCACAUCCCGGAAGAUGCACGGGUGGGCACCGUGGUGACAGCUGUGCUGGCAGGCGACGCCGAUGUGCGAGGAGGCGACAGCUGGCAGGUGAACUACCGCUUCGAGUGUGGAAACGAGGAGGAGGUCUUCUCUUUGAUGACGGACAGGCAGACCAAUGAGGUCUCACUUGUUCUUUCAAAGGUUCUUGACUUUGAGCGUGAGAGCGAGUACAUCCUGGUUCUAAGUGCCCAGAACCCGGUGGCUUUGGUCCGGGGCCGCUACGGUCCAUCCUCCACAGCAACCGUAUCCAUCUACGUCGACGACGUCAAUGAAGGUCCCAUCCUGUCCCAAAGCCACUACGAGGUGACGGUCCGAGAGGGCGAGGAACCGGGCCGCGUGAUCGCCACAAUCCGAGGCUACGACCCCGACUCUCACCCCAUCAGAUAUUCUCUUCAAGGGGACACCAAGAAGUACUUUUCGAUCGGGAAGUAUUCCGGGGAACUGAAGACUGUGCAGGCCUUGGACCGAGAGGAGAACAGCACGUACACCAUGGAGGUCAUUGCAGUGGAUGGACGAAACUCUUCUUUAUCCGCUUCAACUUUGGUCACGGUCCAAAUCCUGGACGUGAACGACAACAGUCCGGUGCUGGUGGGCGACUACUCCUGGAAGUACUUGUGUACGCCGCGCUGGGAAGACCAAGCGCUGGUGCUGGCCUCCCGGGACAGCGACGGCCCGCAACACGGAGGAAGACUCAACUUCUCCCUGCGGAGCGACGCCACGGUCCGGCGCAACUGGAAGCUCACACCCAUCAAUGACACUCACACCAACCUGUCCCUGAACACACCAUAUCUGGCCCCUGAGGUUUACACGGUGCCCUUCACCAUCUCCGACAGCAGCUCCCCCCCCAGAAGCACCUUCAUCAACUUACCAGUGACCGUGUGCCCUUGCAACAUCAGAGGGAACUGCAAAAUGCCCGCCAAGCAGCUGCCGGGCAUGCCCACCAUCCAGUCUGCCGUGGGAAUCCUGCUCGGCACUUUUGCAGUCAUAGGGAGCAUCCUCGUCGUGGUGUUUGUGAGGAUGUCUUACCAGAACCCCAAAGAGCCGAGUAAAACCACGAGCCAGGAGAGAAUCCCUCUGAAAAUAUCCAUCUAAAGACGACGACCAGCCGCCAUUGCUGGUAUGUCGCAGAUGAAACAUCAUAACUUGUCUUCAUACUCAAAGUUCAGUAAAAGCAGAUGUGAAAAGUUGCUCUAAGGCCUCCCUGAGUCGCUGUUGUUACACAUGUUUGUAUUUAACAUUUUGGUUGUAGUCGUGGUUAUUUUUUUUUAACUGAUGGAUGAUUCUUGUACACCUUUGAUCAGAUAAAAAAUGUAAUGUUGAUUGAGGUUUUUUUUUAAAGGGGAACAUUAUCACAAUUUCAAAAGGGUUAAAAACAAUAAAAAUCAGUUCCCAGUG